AUGAAUACAUAUAAUUCAUUCAUUAAUGUUUCAUACAUUUCUAAAGAAGGUGAGCCAAAAACUAUAGAUAAAGCGGUGUAUGAAAUAAAAGCAUCAACGACGAAAUUGAAUUCGUUAACUUUUGACGGUGAUAGUUUCGUUAAUGACAUAACAUCGGGGAAAACAAUUUUAACGAAAGAAUAUUUAAAAUCUCAUGUUAGUGAGUUCGUUGAAAUUGAAAAAGAAGGCGGAAUUAAGUUCGAUCCACUGAAUUUCAUUUUCAACUUAGCGAAUGCGGGUGUUAGUUUCGCUGAAUGGACAACAAUACAGAGUGAAAUAAACGCAAUAUGGACGUUUUUGGGGUCAAAAGCGGGAAUGGGUGAGCUUGUAAAUGCUGCAAGAACAUUAGGUGAAACAGGAAAUUUUGUAGAUGGUUUUAAAAGACUUGUUUCAAAUGUUUUAACAAACACAAAGAAAUUAUUUAGAUAUACCGUACAUAACGGACGGAUUUUCGAACAGGUAGCAACAAACCCUCCGGUUAUGACUGCGUUGAUGAUGGUUAGAGACAUAAAGCCGCGUAACGACGGGAACGAAGAACAUGAAGAAGAGAAGAAACCAGAGGAUACGGGUCGGGUUAUUCGAGACAUUAAAAACUUGUAUCCUGAAGUUAUUGAUUUAUUUAGAGGCGUUAAUGAUUCGAUUUCAAAACAUUCUAUAACCCUCGAUGAAGAGAAUAAAUUAACAGAUUAUAUAUUCGUCAUUAUUGCAGAACUAAUGAAGAGAAUAAAUGAAAAAGGUAUAGCUGAUAUCAUUAAUGUAAGCGAUGUAAUGAUGAAAAGAAAUUUUGACUCAUUAUUUACAAAACCGAAAACAGAAUAUAGUCUUUCUGAUGUAAUUACGGAAUUAAUGAAGAAAAUAAAUGAUAAUAAGAGUUCUGGAGGAAGAGUUGAACUUGAAAUAAAUGAGAUAGAAGAGAAAUUAGAUAGUAAGGCAGAUAAAAACCAUGUUCAUUAUAUAACUUCAGACGAACAGAUUAUAACGGACUACCAUGGAUAUUUAACACGAAGUGAUGAAGUGAAGACGGAAGAUGUUAAUGAAAGAAGAUAUAAAUACAUUCGUGCUAAAGGUUAUGACAUAAGCUGUACUGUACAGUAUGACACAGGUAAAGCACCAGAAGCAUUUGGUUAUAACGAUGAAAUUUAUGCUUCUAGUUUCUCUGUUAACGGUGUAUUAGUUGAACCAAGAUUUACUUUGAGAGUUAAGACAAAAAUAACCGUUGAAGAUGCUAUUAAAAGUAAAGCUGACAAAGAUGAACUUGACGCAAUGAACAAAGUUUUGAAAUCUCAUAAACACAACAUCUCCGAUAUAAAUGAACUUCAAGCUACAUUAGACAGUAAAGCCGACAAGAACCAUACACAUAAAUCCUUCACUACUGUUAGAGCAGACGACAUAAUAUUGAACUAUACCCUUGGUUCAAGUGCACCUUUAGAGAAUCCAAGCACUAGUGUAAAAGAUACACUAAACUCCUUAAAUAGUAAAUGUAUGAACAUUGAAGGUCAUGUCAGAAACUUUGAAACACAUGAACUACCAGCAAUGUUAGAUAAGAAAGCAGAUAAGAACCAUACACAUAACUCCUUCUCAACUGUUGCUAUAGAAAGUAUUGAAGGAACGGUUGAAGGAACUGGUGGGGAGGGCGGAGCCCCGCCGCACGCGGCUGCUUUAUAUUAUAAACCUCCUAACUUCCACAAGGUUUAA